AUGAACUGGAACCUCCUUUUUCUAUUUUUGUUUUUCGCCGAGGCGAGUCUCAAUGGUCCCGCUAAAGGGGGCUUGACUGAUGAAACUAAGGCGGACUUCAAUGCCCCAGCCGAAAUGAGCGAAACUGACCCUGUGAUUGAGCCUGAAUCGACCUUGUCAUCUUUUGUGAAGCGGCCGAAGAUUGAUAAUGGAACUUGCCCUGACGAAGAAACUGCCAUCCUCUGCGAUGGAUUUUGCUACGUCGAGUACUUGGAAUGCAAGGAGAACUGCGACACGGCCAACUGCGAGAGGACUUGUUUGUCCGAAUACACAAGAUGUUAUGAUUCCUGCCCAUGUUUUGCCGACUGCCCGAAUGGCUGUGAAGGAUGCGCAAACAGCAUUUGUACCUGCAGCUCGCCUCAAACGAACAACAGCUUCUACAAACAGUGCAUCAAGGAGGCCUCCCAAGGACUGAACGACUGCAUUGGAAACUGCACGGCCAACGAAACCUGCUUUGAAGACUGCUUCGACGACUUUUUGAUGGUGUCACGAAAAUGUCCUUGCUUGACCGAAUGCGAAAAAGGAUGCCCUUGCGAAGAUGGAUUUCACUGCCAAGAAUACGUUCUUGGCAUGUGUCAAGAACGAGGAACGAACUCAAACCCUGUUAACUACACCUAUGUGAUGUCUGCGGAUGGAUACUUUAUCGAAAAUCGACAUUUUCUUUCGCCUCAAUCAAGUGGCGAGACUUCUUAUUAUCCAUUUUUAUACCGAGCGGCAUCAGCUCUCCUGAAUGGCGAGAUAUAUUUCUUUGGUGGUGAUCACGAUGCUUACAAGAUUGGUAAACUGAAAGAAUGCGAGAUCAUAGAUACGAGGAAACGUUUGGUCAAUGGUCAAACCGUAUAUUCUCAAUAUGCGUCGAUUAUAACAGUACCAGAGGUCCGAGACGAGGUUGUUAUCUGCAGGGGAAGUUCAUCCGCGUGUCAAAGCUUUGAUGGUGAGACGGCAAAAGCAAUCGCUAGUACCGCAGCUAGUCAUAAUUAUGCGUGCAUGGCAUUGUAUGGAGGUCAGCCACUAAUUGUCGCUGGAUCGGCAACGAAUACUGUUGAAAGCCUUGAACUAAGUGGCUGGAUACAAGAGCCCGUUCAUCCGUCUGGAAUGCUUCGUUAUCAUGCGUGUGUGACUGUUGAAGAUGGUGUUAUAACAACAGGCGGAUACGACGGGUCAGAAUAUUUGAAAAGUGUUCAUCUCUUCCGAAAUGAACAAUGGACACUUGUUGGACAAAUGUCAAAUACAUUUGCAUAUGGAUCAAUGAUUGCUGUUGAAGGCGCAUUCUUGGUUUACGAUGGAUACACAACCAAUAUGGUCGAGCGAGCCGAAUGGAACGGUGAAACCGUCGUCUCAACUCGAAACAUAACUAACCUCGGAGGAAAUUGCCACCGACCAAUUCUUUUCUUAACUGAACCCGAUUACUGCAGCGAUUUCUGUUCUGAUCACUUCUGUUACGUCUGA